CAAAGUUAAUGGCCCCGCGCUGUAAACUGUAACCCUUUGCGCUACCACAGAUUUGAUCAACAACUUGAACAUUUUUGAACCUUGGAAACCCGAAACCCUGCACUGCUAAGUAAUCUUAUAUCAUACCUACCUAGGUAGCAAUUCUCCAUCUUGUAGGGUUUUUGCCUUGAGUACGAUAUCUUGUCUCUUACCUGCUACCUACUAGAUCACCUAUUAGAUCACCUACUAGAUCACCUACUAGAUCACCUACUUACUUGAAUACUUCGAUAGUAUUCGUGUGCGUGCGACCGAUCGUCAUGUCCGAGGAGCCCAAGCCCCUCAAGGACAAGGGGAAAGAGAAAGAAAAGGAGAAAGACGAAAAGGAAAGGGAGAAGGAGAAGGAGAAGGCAGCCAAGAAGAUUCAUAAAGCAAUUGACGGGCUUUCCAAGGAACAACUAUCCCAACUUCUUGACCUCAACCCCGCACUCGCCAAUGAACUCGGCAGCGAUACGAAUGACAAUCCCAAUGCCGUCGCUGAUGUCCUUAAGCGUCUUAGCCUUCAAGAUGUUAUGACAGGGCUUGCUUCGAGUGGUAAGAAUGUUAAGGAUAUGGGGGCCUACAAAUUCUGGGCUACCCAGCCUGUACCCCGAUUCGGGGAAGAUAGUGAUCCCGCGAAGCCCUUCGAGGAGGGCCCUAUCAAGAUUCAGACCAUCGACGAGAUCCCUAAGGACCCUGCCCCGCUGCUUGAUGGUUUCGAGUGGUCCACUAUAGACCUUCUUGACGAUGGCCAGCUAAAAGAAGUUUGGGAACUGUUGAAUGGCCAUUACGUUGAGGAUGACGAAGCAAUGUUCCGCUUCAGCUAUUCCGCCAGCAUUCUUAAAUGGGCUUUGAUGCCUCCUGGAUGGAAAAAGGAAUGGCAUCGGGGAGUUCGAGCCGCGCAGUCUAGAAAACUUGUCGGCUUCAUCGCUGCCAUUCCCGUCGAGCUGCGCGUUCGGGACAAAAUCAUCCAUGCCUCCGAAGUCAACUUCCUCUGUAUACAUAAAAAGUUGCGAUCUAAGCGCUUAGCCCCGGUACUUAUAAAGGAGAUUACACGAUUAUGCAACUUGGAGGGCGUUUUUCAGGCCAUCUAUACCGGUGGUAUCGUCCUUCCAAAGCCCGUCAGCACAUGCCGAUACUUCCACCGCGCCAUCAAUUGGCAGAAACUCUAUGAAGUUGGAUUUAGUCCUUUGCCUGCCAACAGCAAGCCCCAAUUUCAGAUUAGAAAGUACGCUGUACCAGAUCGGACAUCGAUCAGGGGUCUGAGGGAGAUGCAAAAGAAGGAUGUUGGGGCCGUUCAGGACCUCCUUACCCGGUACCUAGCCAAGUAUGAGUUAGCUGCCGAAUUCAACAAGCAAGAAGUCGAGCAUUGGCUGCUACACAACAAGAAGAAUGCACUAGAAGAGCAGGUUGUUUGGACUUACGUCGUUGAGGAUGAGCACAAAAAAAUUACCGAUUUCAUUUCGUUCUAUUGUCUUGACUCGUCAGUUAUCGGCCCAUCCAAACACUCAAACGUGAAAGCAGCCUACCUUUUCUACUACGCUACUGAAACAGGACUUGCGACCCCAGUCGAUAGAGAAGCCUUGAAGACUCGACUCAACGCCCUCGUCUCUGAUUCUCUGGUGUUUUGCAAGCAGGCUAAAUUCGACGUCUACAACGCCCUUUCGCUCAUGGACAAUGGCCUGUUUUUAGAAGAGCAGAAGUUUGGUCCUGGAGAUGGCCAACUACAUUACUAUCUGUUUAACUACCGGGCGAACCCGAUAGGUGGUGGUGUAGACAGGAGGAACCGCCUAGAUAUUGAGGCUUUGAGUGGCGUAGGCAAGACACAAAUCUGAGCCUGGGUGGGUGCUGGGGAUAUCGCUUUACGAUGGGGCAGGUAGGCGGCAUCUAUAUGGAUGUACCCAUGAUUUGACAACGAAUUUCAUGGGUUCAGUGAUCGGGGGCGCUCACGACUAGGCUAUUUUUUGCAUGAUUCCACGCGGAAUCCUCCAUGUCGAAUCUAUAAGGACCCCGGACCUCAUCGCUCCAGCUUGUACCGCGU